AUGUUACGGUUUUGCAGGCCCUUCGGGACAUCAUUGAAGAGAUUUCAUGAAAACCCACUAGGAUUGCCAAAGAAUGCUCCAAAUAUGCCUCGAAUGUCUAAAGGCUUACCAAUAAAACAAAAGAUUCCCGGAGUGAAUAAAGUAAUUCUUGUAUCUUCAGCCAAGGGAGGAGUUGGGAAAUCUACUAUCUCAGUUAACAUUGCAAUGGCACUUAAACAAUUAGGUAAGAAGGUCGGUAUUCUUGACGCUGAUAUAUUUGGCCCAUCUAUUCCGAGGUUGAUGUCACUACUGGGAGAGCCCAGAAUGACUGAGCAGGGGAAAUUAUACCCUUUGACUAAUUAUGGGGUGGAGUCCAUGUCAAUGGGAUUUUUAGUACCUGCUGAAAGUGCGGUGGUAUGGAGGGGAUUAAUGGUAAUGAAGGCACUUCAGCAGCUAUUGUUUGAAGUAGAAUGGACUUCCAAUCUUGAUUACUUAGUGAUCGACAUGCCACCGGGAACUGGCGAUACGCAGUUGACCAUUAGUCAACAAAUUAAAGUUGACGCUGGGAUAAUAGUCUCCACACCCCAGGAUAUCGCCCUCAUAGACGCCGUGAAGGGGAUAACAAUGUUCAACAAAGUGAAUAUCCCUAUACUUGGCAUGGUUCAAAAUAUGAGUUACUUUGUCUGUCCAAAUUGUAACCAUGAAUCACAUAUUUUCGGCUCAGAUGGGGCCCUAAGGGAGGCCAAAAAGCAUAAUUUAAACCUCCUUGGUUCCAUACCAUUGCAAGAGGAGAUUUGCAUUCAAUCAGAUAAGGGAAAGCCUAUAGUGGUUUCACAUCCAAAUUCCCCAUUAUCUGAGCCAUAUGUCGAAAUAGCUAAGAAGAUUUUAGCUGACUUGGAGAAAUAA